AUGGCUCUUUGCGCAUCUUGCCAGUAUUCUACCAGCAAAUCUGUAGAUACCACCUUCAAGGACACCAUGCUGACCAUCGAAGAAGCAGUGUCGGCUCGUUUCGUCGAGUGCUUCCAGCCCUUGGAUGCCAUCUCGACGAUGCGUAACCGCAUUCCUAGCAUUCUUGCUCGGCAGCCUGUCCAAUCUGAAGCUCGUGGUGGCCACCGGCAGGCAAUUCAGAACUAUUUGACCUUGCUGCUCGGCAGCCAAGAACCUUCGCCGCCGCCGCCGCCCCGGAACUGGCCCAGACGGACCAGCGGCACAAUGUCAAGCCCAGGCCCAACAUCAAAGAAAGGGGUCGCACAUCCAACCACAACGACAUGCCCAGAGUCUCAUCAUGCCACUCGCUCGCAACGUCGCUGUCGAUUGGCCACAGCGUAA